AUGACCAGAGAGUCAGCGACAGCUGGCAGUAGCAUGACGAUGAAGAGUGCUGACCUGGAGCCUCCCUACAUGCUCUCACCUAGCAGGGGGGCAAGGAUCCUUGCGGAUGGCAGGACUGCCAUCAGCGAGCUAGACAGGAGCACAGUACAGGCGAGCAAACGAAUCGGCGUUGCAGGAGCAUCGUCACUGGUUUUCUUCGAGGUGACAGUGAUCAGGAGCAAGGGAUGUAUCGUCGUAGGAUUGGCGAGGUACAGCCCGACAAACGCGCAAGGGUGGCUCUUUCAUAGCAAGUCGAUCUCGUACGGGGCAGUGGCCGGUGACGUCAUCAUCUGUGGUGUGCGAACUAUCCAUGGGGGGUCGGCAGAGAUCUUCUUCAGUCGCAACGGGGUCCAGGAGGCGUCAGUACGGGACACAGAAGUUAUCAAUCAGUUGACCAGCUCGACGGAGUCUUCCUUUCUAUCUCCGACGGAGAAGUCGUCGUCAUCGAGACAUCCGAUGAUGUGCAAGGUAGUCGAGCUGCGCAGAGCAGAACGUCCCGAGUCGAUCACGGUGGACUUGUCUGCACACCAUCAGUUGCCAUCGACUCAGGUGGACCUGCCAGUAUGGCAGAAGUCUUGGAUGAUGCAGCCUGUAGGAAUAGGAGGCUCCCUCUACCUUGGAGAGUACAAGGCGGAGGUCUCGGUCAACCAUGAUGUCAUGACGGCUGAUUUCAAGUCAAGCAUGGACGCGUCUCCCAACCAUGCAGCAGAAUCAGCCGUGUUUGUGGCGGAGAAGGCAAACAAGGACGAGGAGGAGCCCUGUGGCGUCGAUGUCUACGUGGGGCUCUUUGAGGGGACCUUGUCGACUGUUGGGGGAUGGCCCGGGAUCCGACCCAACUCGUACUCUCUCCGGGGGAGGGACGGUGUGCUGCACUUCAACGACGGGGUGGAGGAAGGGACGACGAAGAUGGAAGAUCGAAGCAAGGAGGGCACGAGAUGGACGUUCGCAGCUGGGGACAUCGUGGGCUGUGGAGUGAUCAGGUCGACAGGGCAGGUGCAGCGAGUCUGUGUUGCUGUGGGAGUUAAGUUUCCUUCUUGCCGUGCAGCUCUUUUUCACCAAGAAUGGCACAUGGUCUUUCCGGCUCUCUCCCUUGCUAUUCUCCAUCCCCAACCAUUCCUUCAGAUUCGCUUCCUCCUCGACACUCCCUUGAAGCCUAAUGCGCAACUCACCCCAGCAUGUGCCCUUCGGACGUCGGGUGUCGUUGCGUUCAACGUGGGGCAGAGGAGGUUCUGCUUCGAUUUCGCUCCUCUCACUGCGCUGGUGUCUUCGGGCAAGAUAACCAACUCCUCCUCCUCCCCUACUGGUUCAGAUGGCAAGAACCCAGACAGCCGUCUGUCUCCUCGUGGAGCUGGUGAAGGGUUGAGGUCGGUGACUGAUCGCAAGAUGUGCAUCAAGUGCUUUGAGAAGACUUCGGGUCACUUUGCAAUGUCGCUAUGGAAGUCUUACACUCAGUCGAAGCAGAUGUUCAAGGACGGGGAGCAAGAAGGCAGAGGCGCUGUGCAGGAGGGCGACACAAGUUUGCUGUCAUCGAUCAGGCCUGACGACGACGGAGCAAACGAGUCUCAGCAGACAAGACGCAACUUAUUCUCCAUGACAAGUGACAAGGGCAACAACAGCAGUGGCGUGAGCGUUUUUCUCACCUCAGGGUUCAACAGACUUGAGGACAGUCUGUUGAGAUUGGAUCAAUCUCGACAGAGGAACGGCAAAGGUGAGGAUUUACAGCAGAGAACCAGCGCUGUAAGCUCUGCCGUCAACAACAACCAGGAGGAGGAAGAGAACGAGGAGGAAAGGGGGGAGGAGGAGGCUUCCUUCAACAUCCCAGACAGAUCAUCUGACUUGUCUGUGGAGAGGAUCGUCGAGGAGAAAGAUCGCAAGUUGAAGCAGGUAGAAGACGCUCUUGACAAGUCUGCAAGGAUAGCCUACCAGGAGAGGACUCUCCGGAUGCAGCUGGAGUUGGAGGUCAAAGAGCUGAGAGAGCAAUUGUACUUGACUUGUGGUCCUGAUCCCUCCAGACGUCAAAUCGACAAGGCCGACGACGAGGAGAUUGCGAGGGUUGACAUGUGCACCAUCUCUCGAAACUUUGACACGUCGCUGGAGGAAGUGAAGGAAAGCAACCGAAUACUUUCAGAGAGGAUUUCUUUCCUCGAGGCCGAGAACCAAGAGCUAAAGAACAACCUCAAAGACCUUCACACGAGCGAGACCGACUCUCCCACCAUCCUUCGUCCCACCAGGCACCCCCAAGGCCCGUUGGACAAGACCUCUAUCAAGCGAUGGAGCAAACCUUUCACAGUCUCCUUGACUAGACAGCCGCCCACCAAACCUUCCGUUGAGUCUCUCAACAAGACCGUGACAGCGGGGCAGCCGGACAAGUGCGGAGUCGGGGUGAUGCUGAUAGUGAACCCGGCGACCAACGUUGUCAAUGUGACCUCCGUCGUUCCCGGAGACGUCCUGAUGGCGGUUGACGGACAUUCGCUGAGGCCCGACCUGAGGCCGAAGCUGGACGACGUAGUGAAGAAGAUCGUCGGAGGGCCAGGGACAGUUGUCAACCUGACCCUCUCUCGACCUGAGACAACUGAGGUGCUUGCUCUUGCGAGGUCUGCUUGA